AUGCUAACCGCCGUCUCCCCCGCCCCCUCCGGCUUCCCUUUUGCGUCCCGUUGUGCAGCCUCGCUAAUCCGUGGGAACCGUUCCAACUGCGCCCUCUUCUCCAACAAUCUGGAUUGGCUGGUCAGCAAGCUGGACCGGCUGGAGGCCUCCUCUGGCAUCCUAGAAGUCUUAUACUGCGUCCUCAUCGAAAGCCCCGAAGUGCUGAACAUUAUCCAGGAGAACCACAUCAAGUCCAUCAUCUCGCUGUUGGACAAGCACGGGCGCAACCACAAGGUCCUAGACGUCCUCUGCUCUUUGUGCGUCUGCAACGGCGUGGCUGUCCGCUCCAACCAAAACCUCAUCACCGAAAACCUGCUCCCCGGGAGGGAACUUCUCCUCCAGACCAAACUCAUCAACUAUGUUACAAGCCGCAGUCUUAAGGGAUGUCACGUGGAGGAUGGGGUGGAUAUGUUUUCAGCAGUGUUGGGUGACAGCACUCAGACUAAUGGAUAUAAACUACAUCAAGGGAGGUUUCCUCUAAAUUCGAGCAAGAACAUCCUGACGAUGAGGUAUGUUCAAGACUGGGAUAGUCUCCCUUGCCGUGUGGCUCGGUUUGUGACCUCCCCCGGGCAGCACAUGUUGGGAGCGGACGACGUGGUGAGCUGCUGUCUCGACUUGAGCGUGCCCAGUAUUUCCUUCCGCAUCAAUGGCUUUCCCGUCCAAGGCAUGUUUGAAAACUUUAACUUGGACGGGCUCUUCUUCCCCGUGGUCAGCUUCUCUGCUGGUAUCAAAGCACGGUUCCUCCUAGGGGGCCGUCACGGGGACUUCAAGUUCCUGCCCCCACCGGGCUACGCCCCCUGCUACGAAGCCCUUUUACCCCGCGAAAAGAUGCGUGUGGAUCCCAUCAAGGAGUACAAACAUGACUUCAACGGGGUCCGGAACCUUCUAGGCCCUACCCAGUCCUUGUCUCACACAGCCUUCACACCGUACCCCGUUGACACCAUCCAGAUUGUAUUGCCCCCCCAUCUCGAACGGAUCCGCGAGAAGUUGGCGGAGAAUAUCCAUGAACUCUGGGCCUUGACCCGCAUUGAACAAGGAUGGACUUACGGACCGAUCCGGGACGACAACAAGCGUUUGCACCCGUGUUUGCUAGAUUUCCACAGCCUGCCGGAACCAGAACGCAAUUACAACCUGCAGAUGUCGGGGGAGACACUCAAGACCUUGCUUGCUUUGGGCUGCCACGUGGGAAUGGCAGACGAGAAGGCCGAAGAAAACCUCAAGAAGACGAAGCUUCCCAAAACAUACAUGAUGUCCAACGGCUACAAGCCGGCGCCGCUGGAUCUCAACCACGUCAAACUGACUCCAGCCCAGAACACCCUGGUAGACAAGCUGGCCGAGAAUGGGCACAACGUCUGGGCAAGAGACCGCGUCCAGCAGGGGUGGACCUACAGCGCCGUACAGGACAUCAAAAACAAACGCAACCCCCGCCUGGUGCCUUACAGCCUGCUGGACGAGCGAACGAAGAAGACCAACCGAGACAGCUUGCGCGAGGCGGUGCGCACCCUGAUUGGCUACGGAUACAACAUCGAGCCCCCGGACCAGGAGACGAGUCAAGAUCUGACCAAGGUCCGAUCAGAGAAGGUCCGCAUCUUCCGGGCUGAGCAAUUCUACGCGGUGAAGUCGGGCAAGUGGUACUUCGAGUUCGAGGCCGUCACCACCGGAGAGAUGCGCGUGGGGUGGGCCCGACCCAACGUCCGGCCCGACGUGGAACUCGGAGCGGAUGAGUUGUCCUACGUUUUCAAUGGGCACCGGGGCCAGCGCUGGCACAUAGGCAGUGAGCCCUUCGGCCGCCCCUGGCAGUCGGGCGACGUGGUCGGCUGCAUGAUAGACUUCGUCGACAAUAACAUCAUGUUCACCCUCAACGGAGAGAUGCUGAUCAGUGACUCGGGGUCAGAGCUGGCCUUCAAAGAAAUCGAGAUCGGGGACGGCUUCAUCCCGGUUUGCAGCCUGGGCCUAUCCCAGGUCGGGCGGCUCAACUUAGGCCAGGACGUCAGCACCCUCCGCUACUUCACCAUCUGCGGCCUGCAGGAAGGCUUCGAGCCCUUCGCCAUCAACAUGAAGCGGGACAUCACCAUGUGGUUCAGCAAGAGCCUGCCUCAAUUUGCCUCGGUGCCUGCGGAGCACCCUCACUACGAGGUGUCACGGAUUGACGGCACCGUGGACAACCCGCCGUGCCUCAAGUUGACCCACCGGACUUUCGGCUCCCAGAACGCGAUGGUGGAGCUCCUCUUCCUGCGCCUCAGCAUGCCGGUCCAGUUCCACGAGAAGUUCAAGGUCAUGGCAGGCACGACGCCCCUCACCCACGCCCUCACCAUCCCUGAAGAAGACGUCAAGGAUGUCGACCUGGACUCGGAGUUUGAGCAGCUGAAGAAGACCGCCAGCCGCAAAGAGGCCGAGGAGGCCGAGAAGGAGAAACAGGGCCCUCCUCCACCUGGUGCCCCGAAAGAGCCCCCCAAGGAACCGCCCAAAGUGGAGAAUGAAAAGGACUCCUCCACAGAAAAGAGCAAGACCAAACGAGGCUUCCUGUUCAAAGCCAAGAAGGCGACCACGUUCAUCACCCCGCCUCCUGUGGUGCCCACGGUGCCUCGCCUGGAAGAGGAGGUCGUCCCAGAUAACCGAGACGAUCCCGAGAUCAUCAUGAACACCACAACGUAUUACUAUUCAGUCCGGAUCUUCGCAGGCCAAGAGCCCACCUGCGUCUGGGUGGGCUGGGUCACGCCCGACUACCACCAGCAUGACGUGAAUUUUGACCUCACCAAGGUGCGCAACGUCACCAUCACCAUGGGCGACGACAAGGGAAACAUCCAUGACAGCGUCAAGCGGAGCAACUGCUACAUGGUCUGGGGAGGGGAUUUCGUCAGCAGUACCCAGCAGACCAGGGUCAGCACCGUGGACCUGGUGAUCGGCUGCCUCGUCGACCUGGCGAUGGGACUGAUGACCUUCACAGCCAACGGGAAGGAAGUCAACACCUUCUUCCAGGUGGAACCAAACACCAAGCUGUUCCCCGCCGUCUUCACCCUCCCAACGAGCCAGAACGUGAUCCAGUUUGAACUGGGGAAGCUGAAGAACAUCAUGCCGAUCUCGGCCGCCAUGUUCCGCAGCGAGCGGAAGAACCCGGAGCCGCAGAGCCCGCCCCGGCUCGUCAUCCAGAUGCUGACCCCCAUGACCUGGAGCCGCAUGCCGAACGACUUCCUGCGGGUGGACGUGGGCCGCAUCAGUGACCGGCACGGGUGGAUGGUGGAGUGUACGGAACCGAAUAUCAUGAUGGCCCUCCACAUCCCCGAAGAGAGUCGGUGCAUCGACAUCCUGGAGCUGUCCGAACGGCUGGAACUGCUGAAGUUCCACUCGCACACCCUGAAGCUGUACUGCGCCGUCUGCGCCCUGGGCAACAAUCGGGUGGCGCACGCCCUGUGCAGCCACGUGGACGAGUCGCAGCUGCUGUACACCAUCGAGAGCAACCACCUGCCAGGCCUUCUCCGCAGCGGCUACUAUGACCUCCUGAUCAGCAUGCACCUGGAGUCGGCCAAGCGCUCCCGCCUCAUGAUGAACAGCGAGUUCAUCGUCCCCAUGACGGAGGAGACCAAGACCAUUAAGCUCUUCCCGGACAGCAGCAAGAAACCCGGCUUGCCCGGCGUGGGCAUGAGCGCUUGCUUGCGCCCUCCGCUGCACUUCUCGGACACCUGCUUCAUCAGCACCAACUCCGAGCUGUACCAGCUGAGCCCGUCCAUCCCCUUAGACUCCCUGAAGGUCAAGGCCAUCGCCAUGCUGACCGAGGCCGUCCAAGAUGGCGGGCAGCACACCCGCGACCCCGUGGGGGGCAGCGUGGAGUUCCAGUUCGUGCCGGUCCUCAAGCUGACUUGCACCCUCCUCAUCAUGGGCGUCUUCGAGGACGAGGACGUCCGCCACAUCCUCAAGAUGAUAGAGCCCAACGUGUUUAGCGAGUCCAAGGAGGAGGAGGAGGUGGCCGAGGCUGGCGGAGAGGGUGGGGAAGAAGGAGAAGAGCAGGCAGAGGAGGAGGAGGAGGAAGCAGCGGAGGAGGAGGAGGAGGACGAAGGGGCAGAGAAAGAGGCGGGAGGGGGGCAGAAGGAGGAAGCUGAGGAAGGCGAGACGCGGGAGCUGAAAGCCAUCGAGGCCGGGGAGGCGGAAGCCAAGGAAGACGAGGAGGGACUGGAGGAAGGCCUGCUGCAGAUGACCCUUCCCGAGUCUGUCAAGUUGCAGAUGUGCCACCUGCUGCAGUUCUUCUGCGACCGCGAGCUGCAGCACCGUGUGGAAGCCAUCAUCGCCUUCUCGGAGUGCUACAUGGACAACCUGCAGACCAACCAGCGGAAGCGCUACAACACCCUGAUGCUGGCGUUCACCAUGUCGGCGGCGGAGACGGCGCGCCGCACCCGGGAGUUCCGCUCGCCUCCGCAGGAGCAGAUUAACAUGCUCCUGCAUUUUAAGAAUGGCGCCGAUGAGGAGGAAUGCCCAGUGCCUGAAGAAAUCCGGGACGAGCUGUUGGAGUUCCACGCCGACUUGCUGUCUCACUGUGGCAUCCAAGCGGAAGGAGAGGAGGAAGAGCAGGCGGAAGAUCAGUCUUUCCAUCGGAGGUUGAUGAGCUUGGUGGAGAAGGUGGCGAGCUUCCGCAAGAAGAAGGAGGAGCUGGAAGAGGAACAGCCCCCUGAGGAGGAACCAACGCCCAGCACUCUGCAAGAGUUGAUCUCCCACACCAUGGUUCACUGGGCCAAGGAAUCCUUCAUCCAAAGCCCGGAGCUGGUGCGGGUGAUGUUCAGCCUCCUCCACCGGCAGUACGACGGCCUCGGGGAGUUAAUCCGCGCCCUGCCCAAGGCUUACACGAUCAACGCCAACUCCGUGGAAGACACCAUGAGCUUGCUGGAAAGCCUGGGUCAGAUCCGGUCGCUGCUCAUCGUCCAGAUGGGGCCCGAGGAGGAGAAUCUGAUGAUACAGAGUAUCGGGAACAUUAUGAACAACAAAGUUUUCUACCAGCACCCUAACCUGAUGAGAGCGCUGGGCAUGCACGAGACCGUCAUGGAGGUGAUGGUGAAUGUCCUGGGAGGAGGAGAUUCAAAGGAGAUCCGCUUCCCUAAGAUGGUGACCAACUGCUGCCGUUUCCUGUGCUACUUCUGCCGUAUCAGCCGCCAGAACCAGCGCUCCAUGUUCGACCACCUCAGCUAUCUGCUAGAGAACAGCGGAAUUGGGCUAGGCAUGCGUGGGUCCACUCCCUUGGAUGUGGCAGCCGCUUCCGUGAUCGAUAACAACGAGUUGGCGCUGGCCCUGCAGGAGCAAGAUCUGGAGAAGUGGCCCUCAAAGACGUCCAAAGGAAAAGUGACUGGAAUCCUGUCAGGAAUUGGCUGUCGGUCUGAGGGACGGGAGAGCGUGGAAGAGAACGCCAACGUGGUGGUACGGUUGUUGAUCCGACGUCCCGAGUGCUUCGGCCCUGCCCUACGGGGCGAGGGUGGCAACGGCCUGCUUGCGGCCAUAGAGGAGGCCAUCCAGAUCUCCCAGGAUCCUGCCCGGGAUGGGCCCACUGUCAAGAAGGAUCGCCGUCGGGAGCUGUUUGGGGGAGAGGAAGCCCACGAGGAGAACCGGGUGCAUUUGGGCAACGCGAUCAUGUCCUUCUACGCGGCACUCAUCGACUUGCUGGGGCGCUGUGCCCCCGAGAUGCAUCUCAUCCAGGCCGGGAAGGGCGAAGCUCUCCGGAUCAGAGCCAUCUUGCGCUCCUUGGUGCCCCUGGAGGACCUUGUUGGAGUCAUCAGCCUCCCGCUGCAAAUCCCCGCCUUUGGCAAAGGCUGCCUUCAGCACCACCGAGAUGGCGCUGGCCCUGAACCAAAAAAACGCUACCUGUGCCUGGCCCUGCUGCCCCUCAUCACCAAGUGCGCCCCUCUGUUCGCCGGCACCGAGCACCGGGCCAUCAUGGUGGACUCCAUGCUGCACACCAUCUAUCGCCUCUCGCGUGGGCGUUCCCUCACCAAAGCUCAGCGGGACGUGAUCGAGGAAUGCCUGAUGGCCCUUUGCAGGUACAUUCGCCCCUCUAUGCUUCAGCACCUCCUGCGCCGGCUGGUGUUUGACGUCCCCAUUCUCAACGAGUUUGCCAAGAUGUCCCUCAAGCUCCUGACCAAUCAUUACGAGCGUUGCUGGAAGUAUUACUGCCUUCCCACUGGCUGGGCUAACUACGGGGUCACCUCUGAGGAGGAGCUGCAUCUCACCCGUAAGCUCUUCUGGGGCAUCUUCGAGUCCUUGUCCCACAAGAAAUUUGACUCUGAACUGUACAAGCUCGCCAUGCCCUGCCUGUGUGCCAUCGCAGGCGCAAUCCCACCUGACUAUGUGGAUGCGAGCUACUCCUCCAAGACAGAGAAGAAAGCCUCUGUGGACGCUGAAGGAAACUUUGACCCCAAGCCUAUCGAGACCCUCAACGUCAUAAUUCCCGAGAAGCUGGACUCGUUUAUCAACAAGUAUGCCGAGUACACUCACGAGAAGUGGGCCUUUGACAAGAUUCAGAAUAACUGGACGUUCGGAGAAACGUACGACGAGGAGGCCAAGACCAACCCCAUGUUGCGCCCCUAUAAAACGUUCUCAGAAAAGGAUAAGGAGAUUUAUCGGUGGCCCAUCAAGGAGUCCCUGAAGGCCAUGAUCGCGUGGGAGUGGACUGUCGAGAAAGCCCGCGAGGGCGAGGAAGAGAAGACAGAGAAGAAAAAGUCCCGCAAAAUCUCACAGACAGCCCAGGUCUAUGACCCCAGCCAUGGUUACAACCCCCAACCCAUGGACCUCUCUGGCGCAACUCUUUCCAGGGAACUGCAGGCCAUGGCUGAGCAGCUGGCGGAGAACUACCACAACACCUGGGGUCGCAAGAAGAAGCUGGAGCUGGAAGCCAAAGGGGGUGGCACUCACCCACUGCUGGUGCCCUACGACACGCUGACGGCCAAGGAGAAGGCCCGGGACCGAGAAAAGGCCCAGGAGUUGCUCAAAUUCCUGCAGCUGAACGGUUACGCGGUGACCAGGGGGUUGAAGGACAUGGAGCUGGACACGUCGUCCAUCGAGAAACGCUUUGCCUACGGCUUCCUGAAGCAGCUGCUGAAGUGGAUGGACACUUCUCAGGAGUUCAUCGCUCACCUGGAGGCUGUGGUGAGCAGCGGGCGGGUGGAGAAAUCCCCCCACGAACAAGAGAUCAAAUUCUUCGCCAAGAUCCUCUUGCCUCUGAUCAACCAGUACUUCACCAAUCACUGCCUUUACUUCUUGUCCACCCCUGCCAAAGUCCUGGGUAGCGGGGGCCACGCUUCCAACAAGGAGAAAGAGAUGAUAACCAGCCUUUUCUGCAAACUGGCGGCCCUGGUCAGGCACCGGGUCUCUCUCUUUGGUACGGAUGCCGCCGCCGUGGUCAACUGCCUUCACAUCUUGGCACGGUCGCUGGAUGCCCGGACGGUGAUGAAAUCAGGCCCGGAGAUUGUGAAGGCCGGCCUACGCUCCUUCUUUGAGGGCGCCUCGGAUGACAUCGAGAAGAUGGUGGAGAACCUCAAGCUGGGCAAAGUGUCACAGUCUCGCACCCAGGUCAAGGGUGUGGGCCAGAACAUCACCUACACCACUGUGGCCCUCCUGCCGGUGCUCACCUCCAUCUUUGAGCAUAUCGCCCAGCACCAGUUUGGAGAUGACGUCAUCUUGGAUGAUGUGCAGGUCUCCUGCUACCGAACUCUAUGCAGUAUCUAUUCCUUGGGGACAACCAAAAAUCCUUAUGUGGAGAGGCAACGUCCACAACUUGGAGAAUGUUUGGCUCGGCUGGCAGCAGCAAUGCCCGUGGCGUUCCUGGAGCCCCACAUCAAUGAAUACAACCCCUACUCGGUCUACACCACCAAAUCACCAAGGGAGCGAGCAAUCUUAGGCCUGCCCAACAGUGUGGAGGAAAUGUGCCCGGACAUCCCAGUUCUGGACAAGCUCAUGAAGGAGAUCAGCGGCCUGGCUGAGUCGGGGGCCCGCUACACGGAGAUGCCCCACGUUAUCGAGGUCACUUUGCCCAUGCUCUGCAACUACCUGCCGCGCUGGUGGGAACGGGGCUCUGAGACGAACCCGCAGGGGCCCUGGUGCACAGAAGUGACGUCUGACCAACUCAAUACCUUGUUGGGCAACAUCCUGAAGAUCAUUGUCAACAACCUGGGCAUCGACGAAGCUUCCUGGAUGAAGCGAUUGGCAGUCUUUGCCCAGCCCAUCGUGAGCAAAGCCAAGCCAGAGCUUCUCCGUUCCCAUUUCAUCCCCACCAUGGAGAAACUGAAAAAGCGCUCAGGGAAGGUGGUGGCCGAGGAGGAGCAGCUGCGGCUGGAGGCCAAGGGCGAGUCGGAGGAUGCCGAGCUGCUGAUCCGGGACGAGUUCUCGGUGCUUUGCCGAGAUCUCUACGCCCUCUACCCGCUGCUGAUCCGCUACGUGGACAACAACAGGGCCAAAUGGUUGACGGAGCCAAACUUGGAUGCUGAGGAGCUGUUCCGGAUGGUCGGGGAGGUGUUCAUUUACUGGUCCAAGUCACAUAACUUCAAGCGGGAGGAGCAAAAUUUCGUCGUGCAAAACGAAAUCAACAACAUGUCCUUCCUCACGGCUGAUAGCAAGAGCAAAAUGUCCAAGUCUGGAGACAGCCAGUCGGGUGGCUCGGACCAGGAGCGGACCAAGAAGAAGCGACGCGGGGACCGUUACUCGGUGCAGACCUCCCUCAUCGUGGCCACGCUCAAGAAGAUGCUUCCCAUCGGCCUGAACAUGUGCUCCCCUACAGACCAGGAGCUGAUCAACAUGGCCAAAACACGCUAUGCGCUGAAAGACACAGAUGAAGAGGUCCGUGAGUUCCUCACCAACAACCUACACCUUCAGGGCAAGUGUGAGAACGAGUCAUCGAUGCGCUGGCAGAUGGCUCUCUACAAGGAGAUGUCAGGCAAAGCCGAAGACUGCAACAAUCCGGAGAAGAUUGUCAAACGGGUUCAGGAAGUCUCCGCUGUGCUCUUCCACCUGGAACUGACAGAGCAUCCGUUCAAGUCCAAGAAGGCCGUGUGGCAUAAGCUGCUAUCCAAGCAGCGCCGGCGUGCCGUGGUGGCCUGCUUCCGUAUGACACCUCUCUACAACCUGCCCAGGUGA